ACCCUCACUCUCUUCUUACUCUGUAUUUUAAUUGAACUUUCUUCUCCUCUUGCAAUUUCCCGAAUUCUCGUUGAAUCUCUUGCCAAGAUUUUGUCUUGUUGUUGGUGAUUAUUAUUUUUUAUUUCUAAGAUUGGGCUGUUGAAUGCUAUUUCUUGGAAUUUGGGAGAGCUAUGGCUUUAAAGUGUUGAAUAUUGGCAGUAUUGAUUUGCCCACAUAUUGUGUUUGAGAAAAUGCUUGAUCGAGUUUAGUUAAGUAGGGUUUAUGUGAACUUAAUUUCUUACUACUUAUUAGUAUUUGGGCCAAGAUAACAUACCCCUCCGAACUUGACACAAUAAACUACUGUAUUAGUAUUAGAUAUCAAUAGUAGUAUGACUUUAUAAUGUGAGAAACUAUUGACACUCUCCUGAGUCUAUUCUUUGGUUUCUUCCUCCCCUUUUUUUUUUUCAAAACUCAAAAUAUACAUAACGCAAAAACCGCAGUGGUCGAGAAAAACCCGCAAAGAGCGUCACCUCUUCAAAUGGCAAGCUAUGAGGAACAUACACUUGAAUUUAUGAAGCUCGCUUUAGAACAGGCAAAGGAUGCGUUGGCCAAUCUUGAAGUUCCGGUGGGUUGCGUUAUUGUUGAGGAUGGGGAAGUCGUUGCCUCAGGAAGAAAUCGAACGAAUGAAACAAGUAAUGCUACAAGACAUGCGGAGAUGGAAGCAAUUGAUUUUCUAGUUGAACAGUGGCAGAAAAAUGGACUUUCACCUCUUGAAGUUUCCGAAAGAUUCUCAAAGUGCAUUCUGUAUGUUACCUGUGAGCCUUGUAUAAUGUGUGCAGCAGCCUUAUCAUAUCUUGGAAUAAAAGAGGCAUAUUACGGAUGUGCAAAUGAUAAAUUUGGAGGUUGUGGAUCUAUACUAUCACUGCAUACCAGCUGCUCUGAGCUUCCCACUAGUGGAUUUGCCUCGUCAAAAAAGGGUUUCAAAUGCACUGCUGGAAUAAUGGCUUCUGAAGCAGUCUAUCUUCUUCGAAGCUUCUAUGAGCAAGGAAAUCCGAAUGCUCCAAAGCCUCACAGACCUAUAAAGCAGCGGGUAUAGAGGUACAAGUGUCAGUGUUUCCUUCAACUUCUAGUGUGAGAGGUACAAUCUGUAGGUUAUCAUCCAUUUUUGGUACGAUUGUAUAUAGCUCUUAGACAGCUGAAUAUAUUUUUCUUUGAAGUGUAUAUCUGUUGAUUACUCUUGUACUACUAAUUAAGACGAAGGAGCCGUCUACGGUUCUUUCUGUGGUUGUACACACUUCAAGGUAAGUUAACUAAUCUAAGCAGUUAGUCCUGUUCUAAAUGCUUUA